AUGCUUGCUUGCUGGUGCUGGUUGCAACAGAUUCCAAGAUUUGAGUUGCCAGGAGGCUUCGCCCUGCUCGCCUUCUACCGAAUACACAAGUGGGGAUCGGCAGUGGGCCGUUUGGAUACCUUCGCGGAACGAGCCCGUGCCUACCAUGGCGUUUGCGGGUCCUUAGCCGCAGACCUGGCCUUCUCAUCCAUUGCCUUCUUUGCUUUCGCAGUGUGCGCCGGAACUGAAACUGCAAUCACCACUUUAUGGCCCUGGAAAGUCAGGGAGUAUGCGCAACGUGAGUAUGAGAAGGCAGAGCAGAAGGUCAGGGAGAUGCGCGAAGGCGGCGGCCCUCAGAUCAACACGAAGGCGCAGUUGGGCAAAUGGACUGCGUUGAGGGAAGACAUUCAGCGUUUCAUGCAGACCAUUUUGAUCGGGGCUACUCUAGCCGGUGUGGUAAGCACGGCCUUCAUCACAGAGAUUUGUGGUCAGCUCUUCGGACCUCGUGGUUUGGGUAUUGCCACCGUGUCAGUCACCCUGGUACAGCUAACGCUGGGCGAGAUUCUUCCAAAGAGCAUGGCGGUCUCAAAUCCCUAUAACUUUGCGCAAGCCACGCUGCCCAUCUUCUACAGGAUCUCAACGGUGGUCUAUCCCGUUAGCAAGGUCUUGAACGAGGCGGUAUCUCUUCUGCUUCGAAUGUGUGGUGUUUUUGUGGAUACCAAGAAGACACCCUAUGUCUCGGAGGAGGAGUUGGAUCUGGUGUUCCGGUCGGCCAUGCAGAGUGGCAUUGUCGAUGCAGAGGAAGGUGAGAUGAUACGAAGCGUGCGCAACCUUGAUAGCAAGCGCAUCAAGGAGAUCAUGACGCCGCUGAUCGACAUGAUCUGCAUUGAAUCGGCGGAGCCCAUCUCAAAGCUCCACAACGUCAUUAAGGAGACGCAGUUCAGUAGAAUUCCCGUAUACGACAUGCGCUUUGACAACAUUAUUGGUGUGGUGAGCAUGAAGACUCUUCUCAAGAACGCGAACUGCCUGGAAGACUUUGUCAGCGACAAUACCAAAAAGGUACAAGAGAUCUGCGAUAUCCCGGAGACAAUGUCGUUGAUUUCUGCCCUUCGCUUGUUGAAAGAGCGGACGCUGGCGAUCUGCGUGGACCAGGGGCUUGCAAAAACUGACCGUGGUUGGUUCCGUAUGUCUUCUCGGAUUGUGGACAUGUUGAGGCUGCAACGUCUGUUGGAUAUGCGUAAAACCAUCAAAAAGGACGCGGUGACAGGUAUUUCAGCUUGGCAUGAUGAAGUCAGACAGAUUGUUGGGGAAAUCUAUGACCCGGACGAAGAGAAGGAUCGAGUCGAAAAGCAGCAGAACCGCGCAAAGAUCCAGCAGAUCGGUCCUGAUCACUUCUCAAUGAGUGGACUGGCUGAGAAGGGUGAAGUUGAAGAGGCAUUUGGCAUAAAAAUGCCAGAAGGCGACUACAAUUCAAUUGGAGGGUUCAUGUGCAUGUCCAUCGAUCGCAUCCCCGCUAUUGGAGAAGCUGCAACCGUUGAGACGGCAGCGGAAAGAAUACGCUUUGAGAUCUCCAGUGUGGAUGACCGCCGCGUGCUGCAAGUCGAAGCCUUCCGAACUUCCAAGGAGGCAGAAGAAGAGAUGGAGGAGGAAGAGAAAGAGGAGGAGCAGGAAAAGAAUCAAGUGAUCUUUGUGGAGCUGGAGCUUGCUGAGCAACUUGCUGAUGACCUGGCUCUGAAGGAAGAAGCGGAGGAAGAACUCUUAAGCUUGGAUGUCCCAUCUCUCCCAGCUAACAGUGUGACAGCGGCAAAGUCUCUCGUGGAGGCCCAAGUUGAGAUCGUGGACCCCCCAGAGGGCGAAAGCCUGCUGGACAUGGAAGCGUCAGUUGAGACAGUCGAGACAGUAGGCACUGGCCAAGCCAACAAAGGUUUGGAACAGGCCGUGAAAGCCAAAGCGAUGGCGCCAGACACAAAGAGGUCUGUGGCUGCCAAAGAUGAAGCGGACGCGGCGGACGCGGCGGACGCGAGCCAGCCCGGAAGGGAUACUGCGGAGCCUGUGGAAGCGAAGGAGACGAAGGACCCCAUCCUGGAUGGGAAGGCUGUAAACCCUGAUGCAGGAGCUCAAAGAGGAGUCCAGCUUCCCAAGGAUGCCCCUCCAGCAAAAACGCAGGAAGGGUCUGUUGAAGGACUGGGAGCUGAUGAAAGCUGA